AUGGCAGCUGUGGGCUAUCUGGCUCUAUGUCUUAUUGUUCUUGCUACUUCUGUCAAAGCUUUUACUGAAAUUGAAACUGGCCUUCCAUGGCCUCUUCCAAUAAUUUCAUGUGAAUGUGAUCCCCAUAAUGAGCUCAACCGUGGCAGUUUUCCACGUGGAUUUGUAUUUGGUGCAUCAUCAUCUGCUUAUCAGUAUGAAGGUGCAUAUAAUGAGGGAGGUAAAGGCCCACAUAUAUGGGAUACUUUUACAGAGAAAAAUCCAGGUGCAGUAGCCGAUGGUAGUAAUGGACAAAUAGCUGCUGAUUCUUAUCAUCGCUACAAGGAAGAUGUGGAGGCCAUAAAGUUCAUGGGUUUAGAUGCCUAUAGAUUGUCAAUCGAAUGGUCCAGAAUAUUGCCAAGUGGAAAGUCAAAUGGUGGUCGAGGUGUGAACCAUAAAGGAAUAGAGCACUACAAAAAACUCAUACAUGAUCUCAAAGAGAACGGUAUAGAGCCUUUUGUGAAUCUCUUCCACUUUACUGUUCCCCAACCCUUACAAGAUGAGUACGGUGGUUUUCUAAAUCGUCAAAUUGUGAAAGAUUUUCAAGACUUUGCAGAGGUUUGCUUUAAGGAAUUUGGUCCGUCGGUGAAACAUUGGACCACAUUUAAUGAGCCAAAAAUGUUAAGCCAGAUGGGGUAUGGCAGAGGCACUUGGGCACCGGGUAGAUGUUCUGGUUGCACCAACGGCGGAGACCCGGGCACUGAGCCAUACAUGGUCACACACCACGAACUCCUUGCUCAUGCAGCUGUAGUCAAAUUGUACAAGGAUCAUUUCCAGAAAGAGCAAAGGGGGGAGAUCGGAAUUAUACUGGAUUCAUUUUGGAUGGUACCUUACUCCAAUAGUGAGGAAGACAAAGCAGCAGCAUCUCGAGCCCUCGAUUUCGGAUACGGAUGGUUUAUGGACCCAUUGACAUAUGGACACUAUCCGAAAAGCAUGCAAGAUCUUGUAGGAGAAAGACUACCCAAAUUCUCACCAGAAGAAUCCCAUAUGAUAAUUGGGUCAUUUGAUUUUAUAGGAAUAAACUAUUAUACUGCUAACUAUGCAAAGCAUGCUCCUUCUAAUGCUAAUACGCCUCCAAGUUACCUUGCAGAUUCCCAAGUUAAUCUUACAAGGGAUCGUAACGGGGUUCUCAUUGGUCCACAAUCUGGUACACCAUGGCUCUACGUUUAUCCGCCGGGGAUUCUUAAUCUUCUACGCUACACAAAGGAAAAAUAUAAAAAUCCUCCUAUCUACAUUACUGAGAAUGGAGUUGGGGCUGCGUUUAAUGAGUCAACAACGUUUUUGGAUGCCAUUACCGACAAGGAGAGGGUAGAUUACCAUCAUGAACAUCUUUGUUUUGUUCGUCUAGCAAUGAAUCCUCGCAAGCACGGUGUCAAUGUUAAAGGAUACUUUGUGUGGUCAUUGCUGGAUGUUUUUGAAUGGAACUCUGGUUUCACUACACGAUUUGGAACACACUACGUGGAUUAUGAAGAUGGUUCAUUGACAAGAUAUCCCAAACUCUCAGCCAUAUGGUUUAAGAAAUUUCUACAAAGAAGUAGAUUGGUGCCGGUGCCACUGCCACUGCCACUGCCACUCCCAAAACAAAUAAGCUCAAAGUUUGACGAGCUUUAG